AUGGCUCACCCGGAACGCAACAUGUACUCCAACAAGGAGAGCUUCAAGGUGAACGCUGGUCUCUACUUCGACCAAAACACAUCUGCUGAUCCGCCCAGCGUCUUCCAAAUCGGUGCGCCGGUCAUCGACAUGGACUUCAGCCUCCUGGUUCCACCUGUAGGUACUGUAGAGAAGCCCACAAGCGAGGAACUGGUGCACCGGCUGCUCAGUCCUCCUCCGCACGCCUUUCUACAUGGUCUAUUAUCCAUUCAGUGGGUCAUAGGCUCUGUAGGUGCCGAGAACUUUGACUUUAGAGAUAGUGAUGAACGGUACGUGCUUGCCCAGGGCUCUGAGUUGCGGAUACAUGGAAAAGAACUAGGCUUACCAGCCGCGUACUUGGAAUGGCUCUGUGGUGGCGAAGAGGAUAUGGAGGUUAUGUCUUCCGAUCAGGGUCCUUUCGCUCCCGUCUCUCUCUCACUUCUUCUUCUCCUCUUCCUUGGCCUUGGCGGGUCAGAGGUUCUUUACACGUCGGGGUCUGAUCCGAGGACGGGGCCUGACGGCCUCGUUCUCAGGUUCCUGCUAGGCGCGUCUGGAGCAGCUUCAUGCUCCGGGCACGCCCGCGGGGACUGA